AUGGCCGAGCGAGUCCAGCAGCCCCCAGCCAAGCGGCUCUGCUGCAGGCCCGGCUACAACCCGGCGUGCAGGCAGGGGCAGCGGGCUGGCGGAGUCCUGUGUGGCGGCGCGGGGUCCGCUCCGGGCGGGUCGGGGAGCGGAAAAACGCACAACCCGGAGUCGUUGCUCGACAUCGCGGCGCGCCGAGUCGCGGAGAAGUGGCCGUUCCAGCGGGUGGAGGAGCGGUUCGAGAGGAUCCCGGAACCCGUCCAGCGGAGGAUCGUAUACUGGUCUUUCCCGAGGAGCGAGAAGGAGAUCUGUAUGUACUCCUCUUUCAACGCCGGAGGAGAGGAAAGUGGAACUAGCGGGGACAAUAAUGACGAGACCCAGCUGCCUUUCCUACGGGGUGUCACUCUGCUGGAGGGUGGCUGGGUGGACAACGUAUUGCAAGUCGUCGCUCUUUGUGCAAACCACGUGUGUGUGUGUGUGUGUGUUUGUGUGUAUGUAACGGCCCUCCUUGUCUCCUCCCAUCUCCUCCUGCAGGUGAGGGAGAUGCUGAAGAUGCGUGACUCCAACGGAGCGAGGAUGUUAACACUGAUCACAGAACAGUUCAUGGCUGACCCUCGGCUGGCGCUGUGGAGACAGCAGGGCACCACCAUGACCGACAAGUACAGACAGCUCUGGGACGAGCUAGGUGCCCUGUGGAUGUGCAUCGUACUAAACCCCCACUGCAAGGCGGAGCAGAAGUCAUCAUGGCUGCGCCAGCUGCGCAGAUGGAACAGCGUGGACGUCUGUCCCUGGGAGGACGGUAACCACGGCAACGAGCUGCCCAACCUCACCCACUCACUGCCUCAGGGUGCCCAUGGCAACCAAGAGAUGCGCCCCCACAGGACCGUGUUCACGCGGGCCAUCGAGGCCUGCGACCUGCACUGGCAGGACCGACACCUCCAGCACAUUAUUGCCAGCGACCUCUAUGCCAACUACUGUUACCAUGACAACCAGGAGGGCUCCCUCUUUGACACGCGCGGCUGGCCCUUGUGGCACGAACACGUCCCGACGGCCUGCGCCAGGGUGGACGCGCUGCGCUCGCACGGGUACCCGCGAGAGGCCCUGCGGUUGGCCAUCGCCGUGGUGAACACGUUACGGCGGCAGCAGCAGAGGCAGCUGGAGCACUUCCGCCGACACAAGAAAGAGUUGCUCCAUAAAGGCCAUACCUCCAUAACCAACAUGGAGGGCUGGGUGGGGCACCCACUGGAUCCCAUCGGUACCCUGUUCAGCACCCUGACUGAGUCAGGACGAGGGGGAGAGGAGGGCUCAAACACCUGCUUAGACCUCUCAGACUGCUCCAGCGUCGUGAGCCGGGCCGAGCUCCAGCGGAUGCCCGUGCAGCGGCUGCUGGGCGACGGCGAGUCGUACGCGGCGCUGGCGGUGGAGACGGCUCUGAUCGGCCUCGGCCAGCAGCGGGUGAUGCCCGACGGGCUGUACGCUCAGGAGAAGGUGUGUCGCAACGAAGAGCAGCUGCUGGCCAAGCUGCAGGAAGUGGAGCUGGACGACUCGCUGGUCAAAAUCUUCCGUAAACAGGCCGUCUUUCUGCUGGAGGCCGGUCCGUACUCUGGCCUCGGAGAGAUCGUCCACAGAGAGAGUGUUCCCAUGCACACCUUCGCCCGCUAUCUCUUCACCUCCCUCCUACCUCACGACGCUGAACUGGCGUACAAAAUUGCACUGAGAGCCAUGCGGUUGCCCGUAUUGGAGUCGACGGCCUCGUCCGGCGACCUGUCGCGACCCCACCACAUCGUGUCGGUGGUGCCCAACCGCUACCCGCGCUGGUUCACCCUGAGCCACAUCGAGUCUCAGCAGUGUGAGCUGGCCUCCACCAUGCUCACUGCCGCCAAAGGGGACAGUCGCAAGCUGGAGACGGUCCUGGAGUCCAUCCAGAAGAACAUUCACUCCUCGUCUCACAUCUUCAAGCUGGCACAAGACGCCUUCAAGAUCGCCACUCUGAUGGACAGCCUGCCUGACAUCACGCUACUCAAAGUCUCGCUGGAGCUGGGACUGCAGGUGAUGAGAAUAACUCUGUCCACAUUGAACUGGAGGAGGAGAGAGAUGGUGCGCUGGUUAGUCACGUGUGCCACUGAAGUGGGUGUGUACGCGCUGGACAGCAUCAUGCAGAGCUGGUUCACCCUCUUCACCCCCACCGAGGCCACCAGCAUCGUGGCCACCACCGUCAUGUCCAACAGCACCAUCGUCCGCCUCCACCUGGACUGCCACCAGCAGGAGAACCUGGCCUCGUCGGCCCGCACCCUCGCCCUGCAGUGCGCCAUGAAGGACCCCCAGAACUGCGCCCUCUCCGCGCUGACCCUCUGUGAAAAGGACCACAUUGCCUUCGAGACAGCCUACCAGAUUGUACUGGACGCGGCGGCGACGGGGAUGAGCUACACGCAGCUGUUCACCAUCGCGCGCUACAUGGAGCACCGCGGCUACCCGAUGCGGGCGUACAAGCUGGCGACGCUCGCCAUGGCCCACCUGAACCUCAGCUACAACCAGGACACGCACCCGGCCAUCAACGACGUGCUCUGGGCCUGCGCGCUCAGCCACUCGCUGGGGAAGAACGAGCUGGCCGCCGUCAUCCCCCUGGUGGUCAAGAGCGUGAAGUGCGCCACCGUGCUCUCGGACAUUUUGCGGCGGUGCACGCUGACCACGCCGGGGAUGGUGUCGGCGCUGCACAGCCGCAGGACCUCCGGGAAGCUCAUGUCGCUGGACAAGGCGCCGCUCAGGCAGCUGCUGGACGCGACCAUCGGGGCGUACAUCAACACCACGCACUCGCGGCUCACGCACAUCAGCCCGCGCCACUACAGCGAGUUCAUAGAGUUCCUGGGCAAGGCGCGGGAGACGUUCAUGAUGGCGCACGACGGACACAUCCAGUUCACCCAGUUCAUAGACAACCUGAAACAGAUCUACAAGGGCAAAAAGAAACUAAUGAUGCUGGUGAGGGAGCGGUUCGGCUGAAAAGCCUCCCCUCUCUACUCUAGUACUUUUCUAUUAACUUGAGUCUGCCUUUUGAACUUCUUUUGGACGUAUAAAAUAAGUAAAACGAGGGAUGUGACUUGUAGAAUGAAGCAAAAUGAGAAAGGAAAAGAUGACAAAAAAAUCAACAGAGCCACAAGCUGUAUUAUUGUUCUUGCUGUUGUUAUUGUUAUAAACAUUAUUACUAUUAUUAUUAUUAAUAAUAUUAUUACUACUAUGUGUACAGAAGUGUUUUUAUUUUUCAGAAGAGAGGAAAUUUGUCACGUUGUGAAUGUUGUAUGUGUUUCUCUACAUGUGUGCGAGAGGAAAAUGAGAAGCGAAAUGGCUUUUUUGUUUUUUAUUUUUUUUGUUCCUUUAUUUCUAUGAUUUAAAGCAUAUGUCCCGCCUCCCCCCCCCCUCAUUUUCCAGUGUAUAUCGAGUUGUAUGUUGUAGAGCGGCCGAAGCCCUUUUACAACAGCGAAAAAAAGAAGAAGAAGAAGAAACAAAAACUACGUCUCGGCAUCCUCAAAGAGAAACUAAGGCUUUAAACCACACGGAGCACCUCCCUCUGACCACGCCCUCACCGGGGGGGCGAUGGCCAGCACCGCACAGCUUAGCUCGGCUCGGCGCAGCUUGGGUUAGCACUGACAGGAAGCCGCCAUCAGCAUUCCUUUAGACGCAGCAGCAGCAGCAGCAGCAGAAGCAGAAGCAGCACUUGAGCAGCGAUGGCACAUUACGCAAAGAUUAGGAGUAUUGUUGUUCCAAUAAUGAAAUGUAGUACAGCUGUGACGCUCGACUAAAUACCCGCCGCAGUCGAAGCAGAUACCCAGAGGGAGACGACUACCUCACGACACGGUAUUUUCCUGCUUUCUUUCUCUCUGGCUGCCGUGAAAUGCACCAUCUCCACCGUACGAUGGCAGGAAAGAAUCGCUGGUGGAGCCAGAUUCCCGCCACUGCCCCGGCAUCGGUACUUACUUACACCCCCCUCGCCCCCCCUCCCCUCCUCCUCCCACUAAAAAGAUUUGGCUCCAACAGAAGUUGAGAAUGUGUCGGUGUCUCUCAGUCCUCUCUCAUCUCCCCCCAACAGCCACCCCUCGUAUGGUAUUUUUCAGACCAGGCCAGUGUCCUUUCCCUCUGUGCAUGUGAAUCAUAGAAAUUAGACUCUCUACUGUUAAAGUUCGCUGUGUGCAACCUUCAGUAAUUGUCAACCAGAACGUUCUCAGGGAUUUCUCUACACAGGAAAAAAGGCGGAACAAGUGAUCGACUGACUACAGGAAAAGAAAAAGAGACAAAAA